CUGAAAAAAAAAAACAAAAAACUUUAAUUAAAACAUUUAACAAGAAAUUGAAAAUUAAUUAACAACAACUAAAGAAAAAACAACACAACUGAAAAUUGAAUACAAAAAGCAAAACGCAGGCGUAAUAAUACAAAACAAUUAAACGGAAAUAAAUAAUAAAAAAGGACUUCUAAGGAUAAAAUUAAAACUCCAACACAACACUUGAUAUUGAUAGCAGCAACACUACAGAACUAAAAAUAAUAAAUAAUAUUUUAUUUCUAUUUUUACAAUAACAAAAUAAACUAAAUCAAAAGAACAAACCACGAAAGUAACCAAUUAACGUAUAACAACAACAACAAUAACAAUUAAAAAUUAAUUAAUUAUUCUUUUGUUGAGCCAGAAAAGUUUUAUGAGUAAUAGCGCCAUGGUUGCCGUAGCUAUUUGUUGUAUUCUCGUGCUUCUAGCCGUAUUCAUUGUCAUCAUCAUAGUUGUGGGCCAAACAAUGGGUGAACCAAAGUGAGAUAAACUUCAGCUGGGACCCGGUAAUUUCCCAGAUGGAUAACAAAGGCCUACCAAUUGUUAGUACAUCCUCAAAACCCCUACCCAAGAAUAAGAAUUAAAUUGAACAUUUUCCUUAGAAACAAAUGAAAAAAAACGUGCAACCAACCAACCAGUGACUAGUUAUUCCAUAUGACAUAAAUCUGGCAAAAACAAUUUAAACAUUUUAGUAAACAAGUGAAUUUAAAACAAGAAAAACAAACAUCAUUUUUACAACAACCACAAGAAAAAAAAUAUAAAAUAAUUUUUAACCCAUCGUGUCAGUAUCAAAUUGGCUGUGAUGUGUAAUUUUUUUAUUAAAACAGCAAAAAUACAUUUUUUAAUUAUUAUUAACAAAUAAAGAAAAGAUUUAGUGAAAACAAAAACGACAUGAGUUCAAAAUUUUUGUAGACAUUUUAGUAAAAUCAAGAAAAAACCAAAGAAAAAAAUUUUAUUUUAUUUUGAUAAAAAGUGUUAAAAAAAAUCAAGUUUUAUAAAUGUAUUGAAAUAGUUAAUAAGUGUUAAUAGUUAAUUAAUGUUUAAAUUUAUGAAAAAAAUGUAAAAUAAUUACAACUACCAAAAUAAUACUCCAAAUAAAUGUUGCCGUAAACAUGAUGCUGGCAGUUAGCAACAUUUUGUAAGCAAACUUACAGAACUCAGUGAAAUUUUCAUUCUAACUGUUUGAAACAAAUGUAUAAACAUGUUGCUGGUAAUUGUAAUUUCAAAACUUCUAUAAACUGAACUCUAACUAACUAAAAACUACCUUAAACCCGUUAAAAACUUCAGCUGCUUUGAAAUAUUAGUUUUUGUCAACAUGAAAACAUCAAGAAAACAUGGAUCACACUCGACUUCAAUUGACAACAUCUAAAACCCGCACAAAACUUCUUAAAAUUAGUUGUAAAUAUGUUUAGAUUUCAAACUAAAUUUAACUCAACUUUAAACGGUGUUUAUUAUAAAGUUUAGAACAUUGUGUAACUGUCAACAUGUUGUCAGUAGGAACAAAUAUAUCAAAAAAACCUUAAAAAUCUUUUAUUUUAAAAAUUUCUCUGGCAACAAAAUAUUAACAUUUAAAAUAUAUAAAUUAACAAAAACGCAUCCCAAAUUCAAAUUAAACUCAUAUCAGUUGAAUAACAACAAAGUUGCCAAAAAUAUGUUGCGGAAUAAAAACAUUAAACAACAUUUUAAACUAAAGAAAUUUCUCCAUUAACCAUAAAACUUACAAUACUUGAAGCAUUAGGCAGCAGAACUGUUAUCUACAUGUUGCUAAACAUACCAAAAAUUUAAAACCACAAAUUUAUUAUCAAAACACCUUAAUAAAAUUGAUAAAUAUCUACAGAGAUCCAGCAGAAUUUAAAAUAAAUAAACCAUUACAGCAUAAAACUAACGAAAUGAGCAAAAUCUUCCACUAGAUUUCGAAAUUAAAUGUAUAUAAAAUCCAGCAACAUUUAUUUUAUAAACAAACUUAAAUUCUCAACAAAAUGCAUUUACAACAUCAAGUAAAUUUGUAUAUAUUUCAAAUACUUUGCGGCUGUAAACAUGUGGCAAAUAUUAAGCAACACUUCAAGCAAUUAAACAAGAUUUAAACAACACUUCCUCAAAGAAGCAGAUCCUCAAAGAAACAUUUUAAAGUAUAUGAGUUUAUUUUCGGCAAUAUGUUGAAGAGAGAAAUAAGAAAAGAAUUAAACAAAGUCUAGCAACGUGUUUGCAACAUAUAAAAAACAACAAAUACGCAUUUAAGUGUAUUUUAAACCUGUUUCGAAGUAGAUUAACAUGUAAGCAACAUUAAUUAAAACGUCAGAAACAUCUCAGCCACAUUAAACCAUCAUUCAGGCUUUAUUCAAGGAAAGUAUUGUCAUGGCUAAAAAAAAACUACAACCAAAUUGAUUAAACAUGUUGCAGAGCUCAAAAUUAUAAACAAUUCUGAAAAUUUAUUGAGUAAAAUGUUGAAACAAAUUUAAAUGUUGCUAAAGAAACGUUCGUAGAAAACGUUGUUCAUAUUCUAAGUAAAGAAACAUUUAGUAUCAAUAAAUAAAAGAAGUAUUUAAAGUAUUUACUAUACUUUCAAAGGCCAGCAACAUGUUUAACACAUCUUAAAGAGUACAAUAACAGUUUGAGUGAAUUCCAGUUUGAGACAACAUUCAUCAAAAAGCCAGAAACAUCUCAUCAACAUUUAACAACAUGACAGUGGAAAAUCAGUACUACAAAUGUAAUUUAUAAAAUUUUAAAAAUCAUUGAACAAGGAAAUUUUUGGAAAAUGUUGCUGUGACUGAAACAUAUAAAACAAAACAUUUCAGAAUAUUGCCGAUCAAAUAGAGUAUUAUGGUCCAACUAAAGAAAGUCUAAGGAAAGGAAGUCAUUAAACAUGUUUCAAAUAAACAUGUUGCAAAAUAGUACUUAAAAUAAAAUAAAAAGAUUUUCUACUUCAAUACACUUCAUAGAUGUUGCGGAAAAAAACCGUGCAUUAAUAAUGGAAAAGAACUUAAUAAAAAUGCAAGAAAACAUUUCAACAAUAUGUUGCCAAGAAAACUAAAACCUAAAAGUUUCAACAAGAUACAAUUUUUAUCUAUAGCAGAUUUACAAUAUAUUAUGUGUUGUAACAACAUGUUGCUAUAUAGUAGUACUCUAUAAAUUUCAGAUGGAAAAAUGUUACUUCAUCAUGUUGUCAAAAAGAUUUCAGAGCAUAUCUCCAUAAUCAUUUGUAACUAGAAAAAUGUUAUAAAUAUUCACAAUGAAAAUCCACGAAGGAAAGACAACUCAUUUUAUCGCCAGAAAAUGUUUUAUCAACAUAUGAGAAAGCAAAGGCAAUUACUAUAAAGUUCCAACAGCAGGACAUUUUGCCAAAAAAAAAAGCAGAUGACCUCAAAAUAAACAAUGUAUUUACUAUAUAGACAACAGAUAAUUCCAACCGUUAUACAAGAAAAAAUUUCAUCAAUAUGUUGCCAAGAAAACCACAACCUAAAAAGUCUCAACCAGAUAAAAUAUUAUCUAUGGAAUAUUUUGAAUACGUUAAAUGUUGAAACAACAUGUUGCUAAAUUUAAAUACAUCAUACAUCGGUAUAAAGUUGCUUCAAUAUGUUGUCGAGAAAACUAAAACAAAACAUCUCAAUAAUUAUAUUGUGACUAGAAAAACUGGAGAACUAAAUUUACAACAACUUAAACGUUAUUAAAAACAUGUUGCUACAUUGAAACUCUACGCUUAUGACAAACAAAAUCUUUUCAAACAUUGUUGCAACAACAAAAGGCAAAAAAAAAACAAUAUAAAAUAUAUUCAUAAGGCAAAAAACAAUAUAGAAUAUAUUUAGUUCAACCCCUUUUAAAAAACGUAUUCAUUAAUAUACUACAAUAAGCCUGUAAAAAAUUCUCUAUAAAUAAAAUGUUUCUAAAUAAUGUUGCAACAAUAUAAAACUGAAAACAAUUUCAUUUAAAAUUUCACAUUUAAAUUUAAAAAAAAAAUAACAAAACAUAAUUAAUAAACUAAAUAAAAUAAUAAAAAAAUAUUCUAAAAUAAUUAAAAAACUUCCUAUGAAGACUGUUAAAAUCACCUAAUCUUGUAAUAAUAAAAAAAUUAAAAUAAAAAAUACUCAAUGAAAAUAUGAAAUUUCAAAUCAUAUCAUAAUUAAAUUAUAAAAAAUAAUCAAAUUUUCGAGCAAUAUUUGUUUAACAAAACAAAAUAAAGAAAACGUUUUCUUUCUCCCCCAAAACACUUGUUAAAUAAAGCAAAAUAACAAUAAAUAAACACCAACAAGGUUAAUAACAAUUCCAACAAAAAACUAAAUAAUUUACAGAAAGUUUUCAUAAUUUAAAUUCAAUAAAAAAAAUACCAAAUAAUUUUGUAUAUUUAUAAAACAAAUUUUUUUAUAUAUAACUUAAAACAACAAAAAAAAAAUACAAUAAAAGAGAAAAACAUACAAUCCUUUUAAAUAAAAAUAUUUUACUUACAAAAACCCCUUUCAAAUAUAAACUACAGUUUUAAUAACAAGUUUACAAAAGGAAACAAAUGAUUAUGGAAAAAUACAAAGUUUUAACCUUUUAACAAAUAAUGUGUUACAAAUAGUUUUUAUAAAAAUUAAAAAAAAAAACAUAUAUAUAAAUAUAUAACAAAAUAUCUAAACAACAAUUAUAAAUGUAUUAUAUAAUUAAUUAUGUUUAAAUGUGUUUAAUAACAAUAACUUUAAAUUACCUAAUGAAAUAUCAACAAACAGCAGCUAUUUUAUAAAAUGCUCUGUAACUGCUCAUUAAAAAAAUGUGUAUUUUCAAUUUCAAAACUUCAUUAAACUAAAACAAAACAACUGAAAUAAAUGUAAAAGUUUUUAUUUUAAAAUUUAAUUCAAAUAAUAUUUGUUAAAAACCUUAUUUUUUCCAAAAAUUUUAUGGGAAAAGAAACCUUGAAAUAUGUACAAUAAUUAAAUGUUUAAAGUUUAUGGCAAAACGUAAGUGUUCUAUUAAGACAAAAGAAUUAAAAAUUUCUCUAUGAAAUACACAAUUUUGUAUCAAAUAUUAAAAAAUCAUCUAAGUUAUGGGAAUUAAAUUUUUACAACA